UAUCAUGGUAAAUUUGUUUAUGGUUUCUUAAAUGCAACAUUAUAUUAUCUCCAAAGUUACAAAGAGAAUUGAAAUAUCUUCAUUGGAUCAGAAGUUAUAACGUUUUGAAAUUUGAAUCUUCAGCGUUUUGCCAGGCAGUUUUUAGUGACAAAUUAAAAUGGUGUUUUAUUAAAAAAACACAUGAUUUCUUAGAGAAUGGGAAAAUCUGGUAUGGUGUGAGAUCAAGAGAUGUGGGACCAGUAUGGUGGCCGAGAACUGCCAUUUCGUUUUAAAAAAUAAAAAUAAAAAUAAAAUAAUAAAAAAUAUAAAAUAUUUCUACAUUUUUCCUUAAUAUUAAAAUAUUUUAAAAAUUAUUUAAGAAUAUCAGUUCUGAAAACAAAAAAUAAAUAAAUUUACUUAAUACUGCAAAGUCAUUUUAAAAAAACUUUUCAUAUUCACAUGGCCGAGAACUGCCAAAUUGCCAAAACGUCUGUGCACAGAAUUGUCCCUCAUAUCCAAUGUAUUACCCGAUUAACCAUGAUUAUCCCAUACUUCAAAGAUGGCAGAAGUUCACAAAUGGCGAAAAUUUGCAAAUGACAUAAAAGCAAAAAGAACGAGAGGCACAACAACUAAUCCUAAAGGAAAAGACAGCGGUGGUUCCUCUGACUUUACCAUUUUAGAAAAAAAAGAGCUCUUAGUGCAGCUCUUAGCAACAGAGGCUACAGGCAAAGCGAAAAAGUCCGAACGAACUGGGCCCCAAGAGUUUGUCUCUUAUCCCUAUGAAGAAUUAACAAUCCCCAACAUCAUAAAGGCUUGUAACAAGCAUUUUCAAAAAAGGCUUAAAGGAAAGUCUGUAGAUGUUCUAGCGAGUGAACGCGGUCCUGUGAAGUUUCAACCUUUGACAUUGAUAAGAUGGUUUGGUCAGCUCCAAAGUUUAUUCCUUUUACCAUAGAAAAUGAGGAAUUUGCUAAAAGGGUAUUCCGUUCCGCCCAUAAAGGAACCUCAAAUUCUCCAGAUUUCCAAGGAAAAGCAUAUGUUGUCAAAUAUUUCUUACAAAGCACUAAAGAUGUUAUAAGUGAGCUUGGUGAAACAGAAUUGGAACAUGCUAGAAAAUCUGUGCAAAUGCAGGCAUUGGCUAAACGUUUUGCUGAACAAUUUGAUGCUAAUGUAAAGAAGGAAGGAAAUGAAGAUGUGUUUGGAAAGACCUUUAGGUACUGUAUAUUAUUAGUAUAGGUAAUCCUGUGAUGGCAAGUACAAUUAGGGAUUACUACGAUGAGUGAUGUUAGGAAAUUUUGCCAAAGUUGGAUGAGCCGCCAUUAUUUGUUUAUUAUUAGCAUGACAAAAUUGCAUCUACCAUCCCCUCAAUGUCAAGUUAAAAUAAUAAUCUCUCGUCAAAGUACAGUCCUGUCAGACUUUGAACUAAAAUUUGUUUGUGUUUUUAUAUAAUGCUUUUGCUUUAAGUUCCCCUAUGGCAAUUCCAUUUGUGUGAAUUGUGUUGGUUCAAUAUGUUUCUGCCAAUUUGUUUUGAGAAAUAAUUGUACUCCUCUCAACCAAUCAGCAUCCAGUAAUUUUGUCAUGCUAAUAAUAAAUCAGGAAAUAAAAGCUAUAACAACAAAAGGCAUGAAUGUUACAUGCUAAAUUAAACUAACUUAUCAAAUUUCAUUAAGAUAUGUCAACACUUUCCUGGGAAUCAUCAAUGAUUCACAGAAGGUUGUCACAAUCGAAGAAUAUGUGACAGGCAAUUUUGAGAAGUAUGUAAACAAUGAUGGUGUUCUUUGUGUGAAAAAGAAUGAAGACCAGCAAAAGAAGGCAGAGAGUCUUGUCCACUUUUCUUACAUCAAAUCCAGUAAGAAAUUGAUGCUUGUGGAUAUCCAAGGAGCAGGCUACAACCUUACGGAUCCUGAGAUUGUUUCACUUACUGGAGCUUUUAAUGAUGAGAACAAUUUCCUAUUUUGUGCUGGUAACUAUUCAAAAGAGGCUUUUACCAACUUUUUCAAGGCACAUAAGUGCAAUGCUUUUUGCAAUUUGUUAAAGCUCACACCUGAAUUGUGUGAAUAAACAGUUACUCAUAGCUUUUAGUUAUUUAUAUAUAAACAUUUUUUGCAUAACUUUGGCAUUAGUUUAAAUGUUGUUGUUUUGUUCAUGCACAUAGACUAUGGUACAUGUGGAACAGUUUGCUGCACUCAUUGUGUAUGAGUCUAGCUCAAUUGCCAUGCUUUGCACUGCUUUAUUUACAGGUUUCAUUAAUUUUUGGGCAUAUGGUUUUUGGGCAUAGGUUUCAUUAAUUUUUGUACAUAUUAUACUGUAUUUAUUAUGUAUUUAUACAUAUUAUAUUUGUACAUACCAUAUUGUACAAUUUUUUCUUCUUUAAUAAUAAAGUAAAUAUUUUAAUAAUACAUUAAAAUAAAUCAUUAAGGAAACAUGAUCAGGCUUUGCAUUGUGAGCUGUAGAGGCUCCAAUGUAUGUAUGUAUGUGCAGAGUGGACUGUAUCGCAUUGGGCUAUUACAUUAAAAACCGUACCCCGCCUCUGUUGAGGACCUCUGUUUAUCAAGAUUUUACCCCACUGGAAAGCUUUCAAACCCCUCUGGAAUUGCAUUUUUAGGCCUUUGCCCCUCUGGGAAACAGCAUUUUUCUAUGAUUACGCCUCUGGAAAAUUGAGGUCCUCGACAGGGGGGGGGGGGGGUAUGGUUUUUUAAUGUAAUAGCCCAUUAUGAAAUUAUGAUUAUAAUAUUUCCUUUAAAUGUCUGGAUUGUUAUUUGCAGUCUUUUCAAAAUAUCUUUGUUUCAGCAAGAGAUAAGUUUGAACAAAUUCAUUGCACUUGAUAGCUUCGGGAUUUGGCAUCAACUCAUUCAGAUCUUUUCGAAAUGAUGAUGGGAUGAAAUCAUCAGGAGCAUCUAAGAUUCCAGAUAACUCUGCAACUUCUUCAAGAUCUUCCUGAGAUACAAGGAAGCCUAAUUUUUAAAAUUAAGCAGAGUUAAAAUAUUUGCAUUAAUGAUGAAAUUGAUUUAAUAUAUCAAUUGCUGGAUAAGAAACCUUUCUUUUCCAUUCCAUAUCUGCUUGGAAACUCAUAGAUGUGAUUUGGCACUCCAUCUGCCAUUAAUGUAUCUUUUUGAGUGCGGAUCCGAUGACUAUUCCACACCGUGUCUCUGAACUCAUCCAAUUCUCUUUGCAUGACUGGGAUCAUGAUGAAAGCAAGGAUGAACCUAAAAUAAUAUAUGACAGAUAUUGACAAUGGUUUGUUUUAUUUUUAUCAAUAUUGAAAUUAUAUCUUUCAUAACCCAUUAAAGAGCAAUGCGCCCAAAUGCCCUACUUUUGUAUUUACUCUGUAUAACGUAAAAUAAUAAAAUACAAUACAAUAAAAAUAAAAUACCUGUGUAUUUCCUCACCAGGGUCAUAGUGACAUUCCUCCUUCAACCAACAUAAACCAGACUUAAAAUACUUUUCUAACCUAUCAUGAAGUUCCCUCCACCAUCAUUCAAUCUGAAAAAAAAAGUCAAAAAUAUAUAAAUUUUCCAUUUUUUUGUGAAAAUUAUUUAGUAAUUGAAUGAGAUUUAACCUGGUUUGAUGGUGAGGGUCCAAAUAUAAUUGACUCUGUAGGAUCAUCCAAAUCGCCUUGUUUACUUCGAAGAUAUGCGUGUACGGUACUCAUUGUGGUUGUCUCUGUUCCUUUAUCCAAGCGAAGAUAAUGAGGAAUUGUAUGACUUUCUAAGAGAGCUUCAAUAUACCACUUUGCUACCAGAAUCGGAUUAGAAUUUGUAUUCCAAAUUUGGAGCCACAGCAGCUUACGACUGGCUGUAUCAAUGCAACCGUAGAUGGCCAAUGGAAAUGUUGAGUUUUGAAAACCCAUCAACUUAUCAUGGCCAUCAAGAGAAUAUGUCCAGUUUGGGCCAAAUGUGACGAAGUGACCUUUGGCCUUCGCUUUCUUCGCCCCUGGAGCUCUAGCUGCAAGUCCAUCAGGGUCAAGAUCGAACAUAAUAUUAUGCACUAAAUCUCUUGGAACCCUCAUAUCGUACUUUUGGCGAAUCUUAUGAGUCAUUGCCUGAUAUCCGAGCAAUUUUCCAGGCCCAUCAAGUUCUUGGAAUAUGGCUUGCCUUGCAUCUUCGAGUCUAACGUUCACGUCAAUAUAUUUUAUCUCGAAAUAUUUAAGCCGUCGAUCAAGAGAACGAAGACUCCAUUUGUAGCACGAGUAAUCCCUUCUCAUGAAGUCUAGAAUUUCAUCAUGUUGUAACCGUUGUUGAACAAGUUUCGUUAAAUCGUUUUUCAACUUUAAAUCAUGUUUCCAAGCCGCCAUCUUUGAAGUAUGGGAUAAUCAUGGUUAAUCGGGUAAUACAUUGGAUAUGAGGGACAAUUCUGUGCACAGACGUUUUGGCAAUUUGGCAGUUCUCGGCCACGUGAAUAUGAAAAGUUUUUUUAAAAUGACUUUGCAGUAUUAAGUAAAUUUAUUUAUUUUUUGUUUUCAGAACUGAUAUUCUUAAAUAAUUUUUAAAAUAUUUUAAUAUUAAGGAAAAAUGUAGAAAUAUUUUAUAUUUUUUAUUAUUUUUAUUUUUUAAAACGAAAUGGCAAUUCUCGGCCACCAUAGACCAGUUGUAUUAAAAUUGCCGAAGUUAUUUGAAAAUUGCCGAAGUUAUUUGAAGUUGGUCGAUUUUGAAUUAGUUUUUGCCCAGCGUGUAUAUGUUAACUUUGAUAACCAAGUUGAUAUUCAAACUGCUAUAGUGAGGUAAGGCGAGACUUUUUUUAUUUAUUGGUUUACGGAUUUGACUUUAAAAAUUAUGUAAAUACAGCACAAGCGAAUCUCGUUAAACUGCUGUAAACGUUUUUAUAUUAGUCUCUUUUACAAUAUACGAGAUAGUGAGUCUCAAUAAUCUUGAAACGUCAUUGUAAGUUUUAUGAUAAUUUAUAAGAGUUUUUCUCAUGGCGUCCUGUGCCUUUUUCAGGUUGCUUUUAGAUAAAUCUAGCCUUGCCCUGACACGUCUCAACGUUUUGACAUUCUCAGUCGGUUUUCCCACUAAUAACUCUUUCACCUCGUUCGACAGCUUGGUAUAUUCGGCUUUGUACAUUUCCACACGUGCGAUGUUGUUCUGCAAAGUCCCCUUUUUGACCUUCGCCUUUGUCUUUGAGGAAGUGGAUGGAGAACCGUUCCCGGUGUUGUUACCAAGUUCGACAUCUGCACGUCUUGUUGAAGCAAAUUUUCAGACUUUUGAAGCCGCCAGUCAGUGUGGAUUUUCUCGUAUAUCUUGGCUUUUGGCAGCAGCGUUUUUGAUAGCUGUUUAGCUUUUUGAUUCCAAAAUAUUCGCCUCUGUCGCUCUCUUCCAACAGCGUUCUCAAUUUUGUCAUUUGUGAAGACUUUAACUCCUCUGAUCGACCAAGAGGUAGGUGAUUUAAGAGCCUGGUUAACGGAAGUUUUAUCUCUGUUGCGUUCAAAGCAUUCUUGUUGACUCCAAUUGUCGCUAAACUUGGUUCCGUCAUUUGACACAAAAUUUCCGCUUUCAGUUGCAGCUUCUUUAUCACUACUAUAAGAGCUGAUGUCAGAGAAUUUUACCGUGAGGUUUCCAACACUAUCUCGUGAUGUAAUGCUAUUAAUAAUUAUGAAAUGUUCUGCAGAUUCUGGAAUUUGUUGUGUCGCAUCACGUGCAAACAGAAAAUGUUCUGGAAUUAACUCAGAAACUUGAUCUGUUACUGCAGCUCGUAAAGCUUUUAGGGACGAUGCCGUGUUCACUCCGAAGAGUGAACAUACUGUAUUUUCUCUUAAAAAACUCAUUAAUAAUUCAUGAAGAAAACACAAAGAAAAAUCAUAAGCGUGUCGUAUCUGUAUAUGUGAUACAGAUUCAUGUUGAUUUACAUAAACUUUAACUUUGAUUUUCUCGGCUUAGACAACGUUUAUUUUUAAAAUUACUUCGCCAAUGAACUCAUAAGAUGAGCUGUUUUUUAACAAUGAACUCAUAAGAUGAGCUGUUUUUUGCGUCCGUGUUGUAUCAGAUAUACAAACUCUCGCCUUCGGCUCGAGUUUGUAUAUCUGAUACAACACGGCCGCUCAUGUUGUAAACAUUACUUUCAACGUCGAAAAGAAGUAAAACUUCCGACAUACUUUUAGCAGUUGAAGCAAAAUAAACAUAUAUUAAUUAAGGGACUCAGGUCAUAAAGUAAAGGGGGGGGGCUGGGAAAAGUAGCGGGGUGGGGUCACCUUUUUUCAGCAUGGUUAAAAACUGCAGACACUGUUUCGAGUCCAUAAUUCAAUAUUAAAUAGAAAUUUAGAGUUUCAAUUUUUCAGAGAGCCAUACAUCUGAACAGUUGAAUACAAUUUGAAUACAAUACCAUUGACGGCGGAAUCGUGCAGGGGGGGGGAGCAAGGCCUAAAGCCUCCCCCUAAAUGUGAAAAAGUAGAAAAAAGACGGGAGCUAAAACCUUCCAAAGAUAAGGUUUAUUAUAUAUUAAAUAUUCAUAAUCCCCGCUAUGUGGCUUGAAACAGUUGUUGUAGGAGGUUAAAUCAAGGUUUCUGUGUGUCAAAUCGCCGUCCUGAUUUCAGAGAGUAUAUACUUCAAAAUCUUUUUUGGAGGGAGGGACAUGCCGCCUAUGCCUUCAGCAAUUUGUAAUAUGCCACAGUAUAUGUGGGAAGUUCCAAAGAAAGGCCUUUUAAUGUUCUUAGUUGCUCAAGAAGACUAUUGUAUUACAAAACUAUUCGGCAACAGGAAAAUAAAAUGCUGAUAGGGUGGGUUGUAAUUUUUCAGCAAUAAUUUAAGGGUGGGCUACACGUUUUUACACGCAGCUAUUAAGGGGUGGGCUACAAAAAAUGCGGACACCAUAUACACGAUUUUUCCAACACCCCCCCCCCCCUUUACUUUAUGACAAAUCUCUAAUUAUAGUGUAACAUUCAACAGUAGGUUGACUGGUUGACCUUGCGUGUGACCUCAAACAAAAUUUACUACAUGGAAAUUGUCAACAUAAUAAUUGUGACAUUGUUUUGAUAGACUAUAAUUUUAAUUCACUUAAUAAAUAGUACUUUUAAUAUAAUAAUUGAUGUUUUUAUACUCAAUACCAUGAAUACAGUCGAUGUGCGUGUUCUGGACGAGCAACGAAAACAAAUAUCAUUUUGCGAACGAUUGACGAGAAAAUUAGCCUUGUAAGGUUACGGGAAUUAAUUAACACAAUGUUUUCGUGUUUUCACAGAGGAGGAAAUUCAUGGGACACCAUUAAUUUCAGUUUUUGAGCAUGAAAAGCGAAUUUUUCUUGGAAUUCAUUAGCAGCUAAGCUUGAGAACCACCCCAUUUAUAAGUCCUGGUCUGUUCAGGAAAAGCACGGCAUACUUGACACUGAGUGGACCUUAAAAUUUACAGAAUUACUAAAGCUGCAAGCAGACAAAAAACUUGUUGGCGAAGCUGGCGAUGAGUACGGGCGUAGUAUUGCCAAAAAUAUCGAUAAGCUCCAAAAAUCGGAUUUUGAACGAAUGACAUGCUACAAUAGAAUAGAAAGAUUAAAUAAAGUCACCAUAAAAACUGAUGAAAUCAGAAAAAGUAUUGAAAAUGAGGAAAACCAUUUGCACGAGCUGUUCAGCAAGUUAAAGCUUGCUCAGUCAGACCUAGCCAAAUGCCUCAGCCAACCUGCACAAAGAAUAUCCAGAUGUACGAUGCCCUUCACGUGCGAAUAUGUGGACUCGUAAACAACAUUUUACAUGGUGAUAAAAUGGCGUAUUUCUUGUAUUUUGUUUAGAUUUUUUAGUUUCCUCCUGUUAUAAAGAGUUAAAUUUAUUAUUAGUGGAAUGGAAAUGGCCUGGAUGGAAGAGUAACAAGGCUGAAUUGUUAGCAAGCGACAUGAGAUGACAAAAUGGCGCCGAAUUUGGACAAAGUGGAUUUACCUUGUUGAUGGUUAAACAGGUAUGAUCUACUUGAAACCAAGUUGAAACUUGUUUAAAAUGUUCUUGAUACCAUUAUGUCUGAGAUGAUUUACAUUUUUUGUAGGAUGUCGACGAGAUCGCCGAUAAACAGCGGAGUAAAGUGGAGAACUUGGCCAAAUACGUCCAUUUGCAGGAGGUAGGCACAUUUCGAAUUAUUAUUUCGGUCAGAAAAUAUUAACUAUUUUACUCCAAACCAGUGAUAAUAUAUUUAAAUAAGUACCAUUUAUGUUUCUAUCAAAAAGAUUUAGGGAAAAAGGUAAUGUAAGUCCACUGCUGUUUAUCUGAAUUUGCAAGCCACAAAUUGACGUUUAACUAUGAUUAUUGCAUGGCCAUUUUCUUGUGAAAUAGUAGUGCUAGGCAUUUCACACUUACCAAUGACCACCCCCAAAAGUACCAUCUCUGAACCAUAUAAGCACCUCAGAAUAGCCAAAGCUUUUAUUGUUUUAUUAGAUAGCAGUAUGGCGAAAGCGUCGUUUUUGGGUGUGGUCAGUUUCGGACGUUUCGCCCCUGAUUGGGGUUCGGGCAGCGUUACCAUGUUGACCGUCAUGGUCAACUUACCCUAAAACAGUUGAGAUUAUCUGUCCUAAAUGAAAUGCAUACAAACUCAUAUACAGGUCCUCGACUACAAUUGUCGAAAUAUAUCAGAAUUCAGAAUUCUAUGCAAACCAUCGCAGGUAUUGUAUUGCGUUUCGUUGCACAGUAAAAACCCGCAUAAAAGACCACUAUUUUUUAUGUGAGGCUGAAGUGGUUCUUAUAUAAUCUUAGCUACUUCACACUAUACUUUUUUUUUCUAUUCUACACUUUAAUAGGGACUGUUGUUGCAUAAAACUAUGUAUUGCUAUGAGACCAAUAUGGUUCUCAUUACCUAUAUCUAAACUAAAAAAAAACUUUUAAAAACUUGUAUUUUGAGUGCUUAAUUGCCUAAAUUUCAAGCUGGUAGUUCUUAAUCCACUGGUUCUUUUAUGCGGGUUUUUACUGUAUAUUGUAUAUAAAAAAGAGAUUGAUUGAAAAAUCUAUAAUAAUUUGUGAAAACAACGGAAAGAGAAUAACAUGACGAGCCUUAAACUAAUCUGGUGUUGGGAGGGGCGCGGGGCUGGCUCACAUGCUCCACAUCUAUUAGCUAGCUCCGUCCCUCCUGGAUAUGGAUUGUUGCAUGCCCGUUUGCUUUCAUAUAAUUGUACGCGUACUGCAGCGUGGGGAUUUCCCCUUGUCGAUAACACGGUAACUGUAACUGAUUUAAAGUUUGUCUUCAACUUACAUUUAUUUUUCAUGACAGAUUCAACGAGGUAGAAACGAGUUACAGUAAAACUUCUUUGUUUGUUAUGUCCUUGUCAGUGGACGUUUCAAAUGGAAACAAUGCAAUGGAAUGCUUACGACAGCAGGUUAUUCAUACCUGUUAUCCUGGAAAUUGGUCUGGACUGAUCCAUAUGAUGGCAUUAUCAUCUGUAAUUAAGUGUCCAGUUUUCUCGGUUUACCCGGAAUCAAGCUCAGCCAUACGUCCUUUUUUUCAUGGAUUGAUACGCCCACGAGAUGCAGGGUCAAGCAUCUGUAAUGAUCUUGUACACAUUAUGUUCACAAGGGAUUGUUUGCUUAACAAUAGACAGGGUGCAGUUUUUCAACCAAACCACUUUUGUCCUGUGUUUCAAAGUGGCAACAGUGAUGGUAUCGCUUUUCAUGGGAGCGGUGCUAGUUUUCAAACGUCUUCAUUUGUCCCAGAUGUCCAGUCAACGAAAGAGUUUCCUCCACUAGGUUUCGAAAAUAAAGAUAAAAAGAACGACAUACACUCUUUUUUUUAA